UGCAGUUGGGAGAGACACCAACUGCCGACGAGGCACUCAGAAUUGGGCUUGUGGAUGCCGUGGUUGAGGAGGAACAACUACGCGAGGCUGCGGUGAGGGAAGCGGAGCGCUUCAUGGCGAUCCCACAGCAAUCACGAUGGAUGUCACGAGACAUGAUGCGACGUGAGUUCCUGCAGCACAUCGCAACAGACGAAGAUAGAGAGUAUGACACGCAGUUUGUGGUGGAACUUAUGAUGAACCCAGAGGUGCAGAAGGGACUGGGUGCCUACUUGGCUCGUCUCAAGGGGCAGCACGUGAAGAAGUAA